AUGGUGAUUAUAAAAGACAAAUUGAAAAUUAAAAUUCUUGAAAAUAAUAAUGAAAUUCUACCAUUACUGAUACGCAAUAUUGGAGAGAAUUUAAAAGCAGGAGAAGAUGUUGCUUUAGUGCGUUUCGAUGCAUACGCUGAUUUUCUCGCACCAAAAGCUAUUCAAGCAGAUGAAAUUCAAACGUUAAACAAUCUUGUUGAUUCGAUCAACAAUCAAUGUUGGAUACUUUCAGCUGUCUAUCGAGGAUUAUUAAAAAGAAUUUUUUGGUUUAAACCACCUUGGGCACAUCAAUUUCAAGAUGGUUUCUAUCAGUUGCAAAUAGGAAAAUGUCAGCAAACUGGUCAAUUGAAAGUUGCUUCAACACUUCCAUAUUUCACUUCAAAUUGUAUUUAUUCAUCAAUUGAUAAACUUUCCAAUGUUCAUACAGUUGAUAUAUAUAUAUCGACAGGGGGAUUAGCAAAAAAUUAUUCAGCAACCAAGGAAAAACCUAAUUCACCCAUAUAUGAUAAUGAAAACGAAAGUGAAUCAUUAGAUAGUGAAAACCGAAAAAAAGUAAAAUUAUCUGGCAACGAAACAAAUCAUAUCAAUGCACAAUCAUCAACAAAACGAGUUCAUUCACUUGAUGCCACAUUACUAAAUCAACUGCUUGAGAAUAAACAAUUUUUACUUGAUAUUGAUUUAUCAUUUUUCUCAACGGAUGAUCCAAUACGAAAGCAAUUCGAUGAAAAUGAAUAUGAAAUUCUUCGUUAUGUUUAUACGCGUAUUGUACAAGAACAUUCAAAUGCAGAAAUUUUACAAUAUAUAACAGCCCGUUUGAGUGCAUUAGAACAAAUACGAACAUUAAUGAGUGAAUAUUUAACUGAUCCAAAACAAGACCAACCAAUAACUAUUGAUAAUCCAUAUCUAUCUGCAUUAAUUGCUAUUAUUCGUCACAAAAAACUUGAUUGGAAAUCGGUUCAUGAUUAUGGUGCACAGUUAUCAGAUACACGACCGCCAUUACAUGUAUCAUCAGAAGGAAUGAUACUUUAUUUACUUGAAUCAAUGGCAAAAGUUAUAGAAUCAAUUGAAAAACAUCCUAUGAUUAUAACUAUUUCAAGAUGUGUUAGAGAUGGAAUUUGUUCAUUGGAACAAGGUGAUUUAAUUCAAUUACAUUUGGAAAAAAGAUUUCGAAAGAUUUAUAAAAUCGAUGAUAUAAUUGGCAAAAGUUUAUCAAAAUCAUUAGUCAACGAUGAUAAUGAAGAUGAAUUCGAUGACGAAGAUAAUUCUGAUAAAAAAUCUCUCACUAAAAAUAACGAUGAUGCUACUACUCAUCGAUUAAAUGUUAAUACAACAAAUGAUGAUAAAACUAGUCAUACUGAAACAACUAAUAACAACAAGGCUGCAUCAUCAAAAAACGAUAGUGAUAUUCGUUUAUCCUUAUCUAUGAAUUCAAAUAAUUCAGCAUCAAUUUCACCAUCAAAAUCAAAUUUAUCACCAGGCGAAAUCAAACCAAUAUCGCCAUCGUCACUCUCCGAAACAUCUCCUAUAUCGAACUGA